GGAAUAUUAUGUCAAACAAGCACCUUGCGGAGUUGAAGUGAUGCGGCGAAACAGCGAAUCGUCGCAAUAUCACGAUGAAACUCCUCGCAGAAGAGUUCGCAGGACGCCUUCUCAUGACUUGGAAAGACAUCAUAGCAAUGAUAUUAAAGUGGCCAGGUCGUUGGAUGGUGUAGAAAAUGUACCGACCUCGCCUUACUCGCAAGCCUCAUUUCAAUAUCUAGGACCUCAUGGAGCCAGUUCGACUCCAAGUCCGACGCGAUCGGUGCAACCUGUUAGCCCUCAUAGAAGCGUGAGCUACCAUGGAUUCCAGCGUAGUUUUAGUCAGCCUGUGGGGUCAACAGGAGAAUUGUCUCCCUGUUCCCCAUUUCCUCACCCAGUUGUUUCGCCAUCACAUUACCAGUCUUCUUCACCAAUGCAUGUGUCACCAGCUCUGUCUCCUUCAGCUCUUCCUUCCACGCCUUCAUGCGCAACACCUAGUAGUGUAACAUACACGCUUUCUCGUGGUCCAGGCUCAAUGAGUCCCAGAGGCUCCGGUUUAAAAACUCCUGAAUUUUAUGCAGGGAUGCCUGAUGCAUCUCAGUUAAGUCCUGCAGAUCCGAACUUUACAGUUCCUUAUUCAUCUGAACCUUUCUCUAAUCCCAGGGAUCAGUUUGUUUACAGUGGGGGAAGUCCCUCUCAAGGCGGCACCAUUCAUCAUCUCGGGUACAAUACAUCUCACAGGACACAGUCAUUACAGAAUCCAGCACUAUUUACAAAUCAGUUGUCACCUGGUCGAAAUCAACCCACAGGAAAUGCUUUGAAUCCUCAUGGUUCAGUCAGUGUUAGCAGAAAUCAUGGUGUAGCAAACAGGGGAGAUAAAUCUCCCGGAUUCCCUGUAUCAUCUGAUUUAAUUGAAACAGGAAAGUUACGACCACUUGUAAUUGGAUAUUUUAACGGAGAAAUUGAAACCUUAAAGGCAAAUUAUCGUGAGAAGCUACAAGAGUUGUUUUUUCUUCAAAGUGGAGGCAGUAUGAUGGAUUUCUUAAUGUGGAAAAAGAGGCCAAGUCCACAAUUUUUACAGUUUCUCAACUCAAAUCGCUUGGAUGAUACAUCUGGUAUGAAUCCUUCACUUACUGCAAUGACUGUGUCGCCAUCUUCUAGGUUACCACAAAGUUUUAUGUGGCCUCAGCAACAAGCAGAUGCUAGCAAUGCUGGUGUUACAGACUUGACUGCAUUGCAAAGACAAGUUCAUGAACAAGCUGGUCUUGAUCCUCGAAAAUCAGUGCCAGGCAAUUUCAAUGCAAAUUCUAAUUAUAACCCACAAAUUUCUGAUGGAAUUGCACCUAAUGUUUCUCCAUUUACUGGAAACCAACCUCUUUCAAGAACAAACGUAGUCAGCAACCCUCCUCCAUUUUCUAGGUCAAUGUCAUUACCAAAUCCUCCUCUAGAAAUGCAUGUUCCGCCUGGCCACGGGACCAAUCAUUUCGAAAGUAAUCAUGCAGCAGUAGGCACAGUGGCCAAAAGCCAUGUGUCUGGUGUCAGUGCAGUUCAAUCUGGAGUGCCAAGUCAGGCAAUAUCUAAUGGACCUACUGUGCAUCCUCAUGGAGCGAGAAGCACCAGAGGACAAUCGUUAUCCUCCAUGCUUGAACAGUCAUUCAGCAGUACAGAGGAUAUUGCUGUUGAAGCAAAGAAAGAGGCAGAAGUACUCAAAAGAGUAUCUGAACUGCGUAAGGAAGGUCUCUGGUCUUUGACCCGUCUCCCUAAAGUCAAGGAAUCAGAUAGGUGUAAAGCACACUGGGACUAUCUCCUUGAAGAGAUGACCUGGUUAGCAACUGACUUUGUGCAGGAAAGAAAGUGGAAAAGGGGUAUUUGUAAGAAGGUACGUGUUAAAAUGUAAAUAUUUCCUUCUUAGAAAAGCUCACUGUAAAAUUUUAUGCAAGGAUGUAAGCAGCUAAAUAUUAUACAUAUAUUAAUUCAGGGUUGUCAGAAAGUUUUGAAGUAGAUGACUGAGUUGUCAAAGUAAGCGGCUAGUCCAAGGAUAUUUUAUUUAAAGAAUGCCAUCUGUAAAGAAAUGCUAAGCAGAGUAGCUAGCCAAUACUAACCAAGUAGGCAGCGAUUUUCGCCGGCAGCAGGCUACUUUUGACAACCCUGAUUAAUAAUUAAUAGAAUGGAUACAAUUAUUGUAUCCAUUCUAUUUCAGCCUCACUGGCCUAUUCAGCAUGAACAGAAUUUAAAGGAAUCUUUUUUUGUUGUUAAAAAUAAGUUCAACAAGGUCAAUUAACAUAAACAUAUAACGGUAAGAAAUGGGACCUCAUUUGGGAAUAGAGAGAUUAAGGCGAAAGGCUUUUUUCGGAUUUAAAUGUCAGUGCCUUUAAAGACUGCAUAAGUGUAGUUAAUAUAUGCGUGAAAAUCACAUGAAAACACCAUAGUGUCUGAGGACCAAUCCAUUGAACAGCGUAUUUAAACGUUGUUAUAAUUAUCAAUUCUCAUCAAAACAAGGCAAACAAUCCGUACAAACAAUUUAUAAUAUAACCUGACAUAGCAUGAAUCUGUCCUGAUUCUGGCUGUAAAGUGAUUUUUACAGCGGGAAUUAAACAAGGCAUGGCGAGAUACCAGUUUUGUCUAACUGUAGAGGUCAGAGAAAACAUUUUUCAUGCUAUGGUUUGGUUCAUAAUCACGUCAAGAAUUAAGCAUGACUUUCCGAAACUAAACAAAGUGUUACCACCACUAAUAAUAAUCAUGAAUGGUUGGGUGUAGGAGACAAAGGAAAUUGGGAAUCAACCUACAGUCUCAGUCAAAAUGUUUGGGACACUUUAGUGUCUUUACUCUUGUUACCCUCCCAGCGUUGGUGUGCAAGAUUUGGUGAGUUAACUGUGAUAAACAGCAUUGGGAGGACGAGUAGACAGGCCAGAAGUAAAAAAAGCAGCAUUGGGUGGAAGUGUCCCAACUAUUUUUUUCUGGUACUAUAGGUUGAAACCAUUUUAACCUGGACUUCAUUUUGAACUACAACGUAUACAUAUAUCACUUUUGCAGAUAUCCAGAGCUGUUCUAAAAUACCAUCAGGAACAGAAAAGCAAGGAAGUAAAAGCUGAAAAGGAAGAAUCAGUUCGUCUCAGAAAGAUUGCUGCAAGCAUAUCAAAGGAAAUCAAGCAAUUUUGGUCUUCUGUUGAAAAGGUUACUGUUUGUGUCUGUUAUGUCAACUGCUUGCUUGUAAGUCCUUUAUGCCUAAGUAUAAAUUCCAGAAAAGAUGAGGGUAGGGGUAAGUGCCUACAACAGUGGUGGAGUCGUGCACAUUUAAGCUGUCAGUAGGUAUCUAUGGCAACCUAGUGUGUGGCAUCCACCAACAGCACUGAGAAAGAAUUCAGUGCAAAAUGAAUAGGACAUAGUUACUUACCAUAGAAUGAGGGAGAAAAGGGCAGAAAAGUAGCAUCAAGGCCCUGAACAGUCCAGUUUUGAGUUCACUAUGAUCCCUGAAUAAAAGCUUAGCCUUUAUCUGAAAUAAAUAUAUUCACAAAUUCCAACAACAUUAAGACCUGGUUAUUGCUCUGUCUAUUGUGUAUUUUCAAGUUUCAAACACUAACUUGCCAGAAUUUUGAAUAUUUUACUUUAUGUCAAUGCUAACCCUAUAUGAAUGUGUCAUUAAUUUUUGUAUCCAGCUGUAAUUUUUGAUUCGAAAAAGGAUUAUUAAUGUGAAGUUAAUCAUGCUACUUCGUGGGCUUUCCCUUAGCAAAUAUGAGGGAUUAUUAUUUUAAACCACAUAAUUAAAUCACAACAUUUCAAAGCAUAACAUUGAACAUACUUGGCUAUAUCUGAUUUAUGUUAGGUAGCAUUUUUUUUAUUGCCCUUGACAGGUUGUCCAGUACAAGGUUCAAAGCAGAUUAGAAGAGAACAGAAAGAAAGCUCUUGACUUGCAGUUAAACUUCAUUGUGGAUCAAACAGAGAAGUAUUCAUCUUGGCUGGCAGAGAGCCUUGCUGUACCACCACCCUCCAGUGGUCCAGCAUCAGGUGUCUCGACUGGGCCUUCCUCUCCAGUAUCAUCUAAACCAGAAGGUAGGUCUUAGUAAUUGUAAUGUGGCUAAAUAUCAUUAAGGCAAAGUUAAAUUCGAGCAAAUGCUGCCAGUGCUCUUCCUCAUCUGCCGUACAUGACCUUUGGGGUGGCCUCCAGGGGUUUUGCAGGGUUUCAAGGUUCAUUGCUUUACACAUGCAGUGUUAUCAGCUGAUCUUUGCAGAUCAAAAGCUCAGCUAUUGCAAGUCAUUGCAGAUUCGUAGGGCGCUUUCCAAAAGUCAGAACUGACCGGCCAGACCAUAGAUGGACCAGUCAUUUUUACAAUGAAAAAUGCUUUUUUCCAAGAGUUUUUGUUGAAACACUAUCGCCUUCGUGCAUGCUAUUUAGGAUUUCACUGAUCUAGCUAGAUAGUUUUGAUUAAAAGUGAAAUUCUCUUUGUGACUGGAUUGGUCUGUCCAGUCAGUUCUGACAAAUGGAAAGUGCCCUUAGCCCUCUCCUCCCUCUAUUGCAUUUGGUUGGCAGGGUAAGUAUCCUUUCAGGUAAGUUAUGUCCACUGAUUUUUUCAGUGUGAUGGUGCCGGUUAGUGGGUGCUCGUUUGGGUGGUUCUCGCGUUCUAGGGUUGCCAUGGAAACCUCCCUGCGGCUAUGGCAUCUGACUCCCGGCUAACCUGUAAGCUUUAAGGCACCAGUUCCCAAGCUCAUCUAUUUGUGAUGAGUUUAAACCAUAAUUCUUUACCCACAAGGCACUUGUCCUUGCCUUCCAGAUUGGAUUGGAAUUUGGAAAUGUUGGCUUUUUGGGGAAGGGGAAAACCGGAGUGCCUGGGGAACCUCUCUGAGCAAAGGAGAGAACCAACAACAAACUCAACCUACCUAUUGUGUAAGCACUGGGAAUUGAACCUAGGCAACAUUGACCACUGCACCACCUUUGCCCUCCACUCCCCUGUCAGACGAAGUAGUCCUUUUUUCCAGGCACCUAUAAUUGACUAGUCAUCAAUCCUAUUGUUGUUUGUUGUUUUUUUGUGAAAGUUGUGCUGAGUUUAAAAAAACAUCUGUUGGUCACAGUUACUUGUUAUUUUCAGCACUGAAAUGAAAAACUGGUUCCUGAGCAUUGUUCAGUGGGAACCUUUAGUAUUUCGUGAGAUAUCCUUUUUUGGUUAUUAAUUCAAAGUAUGUCUGAUAGCAAAAUGAACAGCCUCCAAGGUUUUGUGGAAAAACUAAAGUGAAUCAACAGAAGCCACUAAGAGGCGGGAGGGGGCUAGUUGAACCCUGGCACUAACUAAGAUCUCAUCUGCAAUGGACUGAUUUUUACAACAUUUUUAGGUGGUGAUAGUGAAUUUGAGCCUGCUGAGGAACUGGAUGAUGAGGAGACAAUUGAUGUGGAAGAAGCUCAGGAGCAGUCUGAAUCCAGAGAAAAAGAGCUGGAGAUGCUGCGACAAGAAAGUGAAAUCCCCUUGGAAAAACUUUUGGAGAGCCUACCUCCAGAGAUACUUGAGGAAAGGAGUGACGAAAGUGGAACUGAAGAAAGUGAUAAUGAUGAUGAUGAUUCAUCUGCUGAAAGUGAUGCUUCAAGGUAAGAUUUGGUGGGUUGCAAAAACCAAAGCAAGCAAACUGCUCCUCGCACAAAAAUAAUUAAUACAAUAUUAUGGUCAUUUGCUUGGUCUUUAAGUUUUCCUCUAUAACCAUGGUUCUCAUGGCCAGCGAAUGCAGCAUUGACAGGGUACAGUUUCUUUUGUCAUGACACAUUUUCUUUUGUAUUUGCCAUAGUAAUGAAAGUGAUAACAGCGACAUUGAAGUAGAUGUUGAGGGCAACAAUGAUGAAGAACAAGAACAAGAAGCAAAGAACAAACAGAAGUCAUCCACAAGGUAAAUGCUUUUGAAGCAAACAGGUGACAUAAAUCAAAUUGUGUUCAUUGUAAGCACCCUCAAGGUUUUAAUGCAGAGGAAAUUAUCCAACUUAGAGACAGGUCAUGUUUCAGGACGUUCAAGAACUUAGAAGUCCUGAACCUAAGUUAGCUGUUCUUGUACUGUGCACUGUUUCCCUUUAAAAAUGAACCUCUGAGCUAUUUCUAACCUAUUGUCACUUAAUAUGGAGAUUACGAUACCAUGAUGGGAACGGCAGCAAAAGUGUUGCUAAAAAAGCGAAUUUGUGUUCUUUUAAUCUCUAUCGUGAUUAUUUCAACUUGCUUACUUGAUCAAAUGCAAGCCAACUCUUCUGGAGUUGAAUUCCUAAGAACCAUAUCCAAGUUCAGAAGAGAAAGACAAUUUUGUCAUGCCUUGUUUACAUCUUCCUUGAAACCUGAAAUCAGGCAUUUCCACAUCAGUGGUGUGGUGAGGGCAAAGAAAUGUACAGUAAAAAUGUGCUGCUCAUGUUUUGAUGUUCUUGUUGCUGUUGUCAUUGUGGCAUCUUAAACUUUUUAUUCUCUUGUGGCUGAUCGUAGGAAACCUGUUGGUACAGGUGAGUCAGCUGAAGCAGAUGUAGAGUUUGUUGUAACUGAAGAAGGUACAGAGGAAGAUGAUGAACAGACUCUAGAAGAAGAGGAGAGGAUGGAAGGAGAAUCUGACCAUAAAAAUGAGAUUGACAGCCUUCAGAAAGAAGGUAUGAAUACAGUUUCGUUGUUUUAGUUAAGAUCCAUUCUGAGGUUCAACUAGCAUCCAACCUAUGCACACGUGGACUACCAAAAUUCCAGACAAUGGUUACUAAGGAAUAAAAUGAAUUAAACAAGUCCCUAGUUGAUUAUUAAUUGGAUUGAUGCCUUUUUAUGUACCAAGGUGAAAUGCCGAUUGAAGAGCUGAUGAAGAUGUAUAGUGCUGCUGAGAAUGAGUCAACGGAUAUGCAGAGUGAUGUGGAGAGUUCACAAGAAUCAUCUGAAGAAGGUACUGUAGGAAUUGCAGAACUGGUCUACAAAUAAAUUUUUUUGGUGGUUUCUAAUAAUUAUUAUUGUCUUCUUGAUUUGCAGAAAUGAGUGAUGAAGAGGGAAUGGAGUAUCUUGUUCAGACAGACCAGGAAAAAGCCAGUGAAUCACAGGUGUGUUCUGUUAUCUUUGAAAACUAGACUUGUAUCAGUAUCUGUUAUCAGAGCAACUAGAUUUCUGCAUGCAUCUGGAACUUAUAAAGGCAAUGAUGUAAAGUUCAGCAUCUUUAAUUUAGUACAUUGGUUGCUCAGUAUGUUCUUGAUUGUCACCAUUGUCACCAUUCAUCAAGUUGCAACUUGUUGAAAAGAACAUAAUAGCUUCCUUAAUAUCAUUAUUCUUGUUCUACCACUUACCAUUAUGCUAUAUCUAAUGACCUAUUUUUUAUCACCUGACAUAAUAUACUCUUUGACAUGAUUUGAGCAAGAGUUGAAAAUAGCAUUUUUGAACUGUAGUAUAGGUAGUGAUCUCUACUUAGUAUUAUCAAGGAGAUGCUGAGUGAUUGCCCCCUGCUAAUUUUUAUGAUGCACUAAGUAAUGAAUACCAUUUUAUUCAUCUUAAAACCAAGUAUUUCAAUAAUAGGUACAAUAAUGAAGAAAUAAUAUUGUUUUGUAGAGUGCUGAUUCUGAUCCAGAUCAAGAGCUGACAGAUGCAGCUGCAACUGCACAGAGCUUACAACCUCGAGGAUUUACCUUGGAGACUACUGAAGUAAGUAUCUAGCUUUUAUUCCAUCCUUAAGGGGGCGUAGUUAUUCAGGAGUUAUUCAGAAGAAAAUUAUCCAAUGUAUUGAUUAUGAAAGUGCCUGUCGUGCUUGUUACACACUGUUCUGCUGGUAAAGGUUGUCUUUUUAAAGGUAGUUUGCUGUUGCUGCUGUUUCUAAGAAAGAGUAAGGGAUUUUUUUAUAGGUGACCCUUCUUCUUCCAAAACUUUACAAAGUACAGUCAUGUGCUGGUGUAAAGUACUAAGUAGAUCGUGACAAACAUGUUGGAUCUUAGAUUAACACUACUAAGUUGGUCACAUCAGAAGACCACAAACCCAAAUGGUAGCACUACAACACACGUAACUCUCUCCAUAAAUGGACUAGCAACAUUUUCUUCCUCUUUGCCCAGAUCAAGACCAAAGUGCCAUUUCUGCUGCGUGGUGUCUUGCGUGAAUAUCAACUGAUUGGCUUAGACUGGCUGGUAACCAUGCAUGAGAAACACUUAAAUGGCAUUCUGGCAGAUGAAAUGGGAUUGGGUAAGACAAUCCAGACAAUAGCAUUGCUUGCACACCUGGCUUGUGAGAAGAGCAUGUGGGGUCCUCACCUUGUUGUUGUUCCCACAUCUGUCAUGCUGAAUUGGGAGUUGGAGUUUAAGAAAUGGUGUCCUGGGUUCAAAAUCUUGACUUACUAUGGCAGCCAAAAGGAACGCAAGGCCAAGAGACAGGUGCGUGCAUUGGUCUUGUCUUCUGUCAGGGCUUCGACUUUUCUUUUUUCUGCACUUCUACAACCUGCAAGGUCCAAUUAUGUCAAUGUCAAAAUGUCAAAGUCAAUAGGUCAAGUAAUAUGCAGAUUAGGAUAAGCAAGCAAAAUGAUCAUGUUUUAAGUUGUUUUAGACAUUUUGUAUGGCCAUCUAAUUUGAGUUUUUUUUAAAUCUUGGAAGCACAGAUUCAAGAGGAUUCUAAUACUGUUGCCUUGUCAUUUUGUUUUUCUAUGUGUACAAAACAUGUGCUUCUUUAAGUGCUAGCUCUUAACUGUUUGUGUUUUGCAGCACUAAGUUUGACCCUAGCAAGAGUUAGAACUCCUUAACUGAGCAAUGAAAAAAAUAAUGGCCAAAUCCCAUUCAUUUGGGACACUUCAAUUUGUUUCAACAGGGCUGGACAAAACCAAAUGCAUUCCAUGUGUGCAUCACUUCAUACAAGCUUGUUAUUCAAGAUCAUCAGGCCUUCAGAAGAAAGAAGUGGAAGUACUUCAUUCUUGAUGAGGUGUGUUCAUCAUCAGACCUCAUAAUUAACUGUGUUGCUGUGUUAAGGUGGUACCAUAAAUAAUAUUAUUGUUCAAAGCUGAGCUUCUCAUUGUAUUUUGCAGGCCCAAAACAUCAAGAACUUCAAGUCCCAAAGAUGGCAGUACCUGCUAAACUUUAACAGCCACUGCCGACUACUCCUUACUGGGACACCUUUACAAAACAGCUUGAUGGAACUGUGGUCUUUGAUGCAUUUUCUAAUGCCCCAUGUUUUUCAGUCACAUAAGGACUUCAAAGAAUGGUUUUCCAACCCCCUUUCAGGAAUGAUUGAAGGCAGUAGAGAGUAUAAUGAGGGGCUCAUCAAAAGACUUCACAAAGUGAGUACCUAGUGUACCAAAAACUUGAAAGGAUUGCCGUUGUAGCGUAGUAUAUAAUAUGUUACAGGUCAAAAUAUAUUCAGGUUCAGUAAAAGAUUUUUAGCUUCGGUUUGAUUCUCAAUUUCCUUUGUCUCUUGGCUUUAGGUGAUGAAUAAUAAUUAGGGGUAUGGCUGUAAUCAUCUCAUAUCCAACAAGAACGAGUGGAAUAAUUGUUUUAUUAAAAACGGCCACAAAAUAUCAAGAAUUCCUCCCGACUUCACUUGUAAAAACAACCGAUUUUCAGCUUGCUUUUAAUUUUGAGCAGACGUAUACAGUUACCAUAUUUGGAGAGAAUGGUAUAAUGGCUCCUAUACCAUGAUGUCUAAGCCAAUCAGAGCUCUGGGAUUGCAUUAUCCAAUAAUUCAGUUUUUAAUAAUAUUUGAUUUAACCUGAAUGUAAUUUUGACCUGUAACAUAUACCUUGGCCACCCAAUCCAAUAUUGCAUAGUCGUUAUUGCUAUGUGGUAAUUUCAAGUGGCCAAUAACAAAAAACUCUUUUAAAACCCACUGAUGUUUACUAUUAAUACAGACAUUUAGUGGAUCCUGUCGAGAGGUACAUCAAGAAUAAAUCAUCACUUUUGCCAUCUGUUGUUGUUGAUUGCUUAGUUUUAAAUAUUUUUGUUAGAGUUAAUAACACAUUGUUGUUUUAGGUUCUUAGGCCGUUUUUGUUAAGGAGACUAAAACAAGAAGUUGAAACCCAAAUGCCUAAGAAGUAUGAACACUUGGUCAGAUGUCGGUUAUCAAAGAGGCAACGUUACCUUUAUGAUGACUUUAUGUCCAGAGCCAAGUAAGUACUGGAAUGAAAAUGUUUGUUGUUCUCACUGUCGAACUGGACUUUUUGAGUUUCUGCUAAGUUAAUGCUGUAGAACUUGUUGGCUUUAUUAAAUGUCACUUCCAUGUUAGUCACAUUAGAUUAACAAGGCCAACUGCUCUGUGUCCAAGGUUACUCUCUAUCCAUUAAUUUUGGUUUUGCAGUCAAUGGCCAAGAUUAAAAGCUGCUAUAAAACCCAUGGCACCUCACUAUCACGUGUUAGUGGUUCCUGUCGGUAGCUACAUACACUGUAAUAGAAUAAUAAUUACUGUAUUAGUAAUACUGUCAAUGCGGCAAUUAACAUUUGGGCUAAGGUAAACUCAGGACUUUGCUGGCCAGAAGUCUUUCAUUUCAGAUUAAGAAGGGGUUCUCAUAGCUUUACAGGAGCCUUUGGGAAUCUCUUGAUAAGUGUUUUGAUACUAUUUCAGCCUUACUUCAGGUUUAAGUCACCAAUAUUGUAUUUCAGGACAAAGGAAACUUUGGAAUCAGGCCACUUUCUCAGUGUAAUCAACAUUCUCAUGCAACUAAGAAAGGUAUCUCAUUCUUUCUUUAUUUCUUAUCGCGUUAUUACCGGUAUUUCUUUCUUUUUUUCUUUCGCACUUUUGAUCAUAUUUGCAUGGAAAAGGCGCAUCACAAAUUUUAAUUAUUCUUAUUCUUACUGUUAUCCUUAUUCUUAUUCUUAUUCUUAUUAUUUCUUAAGAAAGUAAAUGAAUUUUUUUAAAUUGACUUUGGAAUUCUCAGCACUUUUGGACUGUUUGCUCUCACAGUUACUUGCUCCACUGAGGCAUAUAAAUGGGUUUCAGUGAAUAUAAUUCUUGAGUUUUCCCUGUGAUGUACAUGUCAUUUAUGGGGGGAGUAGAACUUCAUUCCCUGGAGACCUAAAGGGUAACUUCGCUCAAACCCAGACCCAGUGAAAAUUUUGGACACUGUUUUUCUUAUCAGGAUGUGUACUAUAUGUAUUGUUAACAGUCGUAUAAAAUUGUUUAUUCUCUGCAGGUCUGUAACCAUCCAGAUCUUUUUGAGCCCAGACCAACAGUUUCACCUUUGCAGACAGAGGGUAUAGUGUUCUACACUGCUUCAUUAGUGCUCAAGGCUUUGGAAUACGAUCCUCUUAAACAAGUCAAUUUUGGCUACUUGAACUUGUGUAUAUCCGACAUUGAAAGAACAGUUACAAGCUAUGCAGCAUAUCGCACUCAGUCCCUUCAGACGCCUUCACAAAUGAUUAUUGAAGUAGACACCCUUCCUGAACCUACCAGGCAACUGGUGCCACCAGUAAAACCAAGGAGAAUUUCAAUGUCUGGGUAUACUGUGGCACCAUUGACUGGCAUAAAGACUGAUAUUUCAAACAGUGUUCAUCCAUCUGGCCAUCAUGUACCUUCUGUACCACCACCUCCUUAUUCCGCACACCCACAGCACAGGAUGCAUGGAGCUUACACACCAGGUAACCUACCCUAUGGUAUGCCGCCUAGUUGGUCUCAAGAGCUACCAGGUUACCCACGUCCUGGCUACAUGGGAUCUGUUGCAGGAAGAUUACAACCAGGGACGCCUGAAGGACAGCAUGGCUACUCAACACGGCAUAGUACUGGAGCGCCAGUUGGCUACCCAGCUUCUAGGUUACUUAUGGCGGGAUAUGGAAGAGCUCCCCCUCCUCCUUAUCCGGGUCAUGCAGCAGGGUAUGAUACCCAGCGUCAGCCUUUGGCAAGACAUCCAUCGUGGCCAGCUUCUCCUUCUGUCAGCAGUGUAACUUCUGAACCACGGCAGAUAGUUGCUAGUAAUGCUGACCUUCCAGUGCUGCAAGUUAGAGCACCUGUAGUACAAAGUGUGAAGUCUGAUACAGCAAGUAGACUUGCUCAUCCCGAGACAAAACCUUUUGCUGUUUCACCCAGCAAGAGGAUUGCCCUGGAGAACAAACCAUCAGUCGCUGUUCCAGCUGUCUCUCAUGUAAACAAAGAUUCUCCUUUCUACCUGGUAUGUGAUUGCAAUGAUAGAUUACCCUUAAUAGAGCAGAAAGUAAACUGUAAGCUGGUUGAAGUAUUAGGGGUGCCAUGGCAGUCCUUCCACAACUCAUCUCCUAGCACCUGCCAUACCAUCACUGAGACACUAGUAUGUGGAAUGUGGGAGGGAGGGGAGGGGUAAAAGCCAAACUAGCAAACAAUGGUGCACAUAAAAUUUCCUCUGGAAAACCAGUUUGCUGAUAGUUUGUGGAUUAUUGUAAGUCCAAACCUAGGCAACUAAUGUUUGUUCUGUUGUUGUUGUUUUUUUUGUUUUUCUAUUCAUUUUUCAUUUUUUAUUAUUUUUAUUUCAAAUUUUCUGUGUCUUUUAUCUACCAAAGGAAAAAAAACAAUGUUAGACAAGUCAUUAGUUGGGGAGGUGUACAGAGACAUGGAAAGGAGGCUACGAGAAAUUCGCUUCUCUUCAUUUCUGGAUCAAAGGCUUAUGCUUGAUUGAGAUCAUUACUCAUUAAUAUAAAACUUGAAUGUCAUCUUAUUGGUCCAUUCCAAUCCCCUAGGAUGGUGCCCAGCCCCAUUUAACGAUCGACCAAUGUUUUCAGAUCCUUGUUUGUUCACUAUAGGCAUUUUUGCAUAUAAUGUUACAGGAAAACCUUGCAGAAAAGAGAGCUAAAGAAAGAAAACAAAAGCUGACGCGCAUCGUGGAAGUAAACAGCCGUCAUGCUCAAGCUCAGCCUGUUUAUGGAGUGGACCUGGUGAAGGCUGUAUCUGUUGUUCAUAAUGUGUGGACUACAGUCAAGCGCUCUGAGUAUUUAACAAACAUGAUGAAGACCCCAGAGUCUAGAAUUGAUGAAAUGAGGGAAAUCAUAAGAAGGUAGAUUGCACAUAAAACAACACAUUGUCACUGGAUACUUAUUCUCUAAAGCAUAGCAGUGUUGCCAGAUGCAUCUUUUUCAGGCUCUGUGUCAAGUAGGAAAAUCAGUCUCAUUAAAGCUGCAAAAUGAAGCUUAUAAUGCUGUAUCCUCAGCAAAAUUUCCUACAGCAUUAAUUGGCAUUGAGUAGUAUGCUGAACCUGGGCAAAAAACAGUUUAAAGACAAAGCCCUCAAUGCUAGCCCUUCCUUGCAAUAAUACAGUCAUGUUACAUUAAGGUACAUUUUCGGCACUGACAGUACGUGAUGAAUUCUCAACUUCAAUGGUCCGUGUUUUUGAAUGACCUUGAUAUUACUGAAGUUCUGAGCUGUCAGGUAAUGGUAUUAAUGAUAAUUAUUUGGCAUAGUGUUUUGUUAAUCUGGUACUGUGUAUGAAAUGUGAAUUGUACCAUUGAGUUUCCCUGUGAUACCUUUUCUUGGUUGUUCAAUCUUUUGUUUGACUCUCUCUAAUUCAGACAGCUAAUACUUGUCCCAUCAAUGUCCCAUCUCAGAAAUAGUUUACUGUAAAACAGAAAUCUCUUCCUCAUGCUUGUUUUUCCUCUCUCUUUUUUUGAAGGUUUGUGUUUGUAAUCCCAAAGGCCACAGCUCCUCCCAUUAGACUGCACAUGUCACAUCCUCCACCAUCGUUCGUCACAAAGAUGCAGAUCCUUGAAGAAAGGCUUCAUCAUGAAUUAAUGCCUAGGACAACUUUCAUGCAUCCUGUUGCAAGAGGAACGUCCAUGCAAUUUCCUGAAGUACGCCUCAUUCAGUAUGAUUGUGGUAAGAACAAAACAAAUAAAACAACGUGUUUUGGUUUUGCUUCAACCUCCCUUUAAUGUGUACUUGUAAGUUGAACUAUAAACAAACUUGUGUACUUAUUUAUCUGUUUUAAUGCAGGCAAGCUACAAACUCUUGACCUUCUCUUGAGAAGACUAAAAGCUGAAAAACACAGGUAAGAGUGAGGACGUAUUCUCUGAUAUCAAAGGAACAAGCUUCUUCAAAUUCUGCAACAUGGAUUAUUGCUGUCUAAAAGUUCCCUGUCAAAGUUUUCCAAGAAUUUUAUCACUUAAUUAGACACUUAUUUUUUAAAAAUGCAACUGGUAUGAGCUGUUGUGAAACAGAUCACAUAUCAGUACUUUCCCCGUAGUCUUUGAAAUGCCAGGGAAAAGUUCUCAUAUAGGUAGUAAAGUAAAUUGUGCCAGUCCUUUGAAAUUUGCCUGGAUGCAUAUUUUCACUUGAAUGUCCUUUCUUCCACUGCGUUUCAUCAUGUGAACUGUUAGGCCCUGUUCACACCAAAGCUUGAACAUGUUUAAAAGCUGUUCAGUUUAACACGGUUUAAACUUCUUUCCUUCGUAAAAGCUGUCUUCUGACUUAAGUUGAUUGCAAGUUUAGUGCAAAUUUCAAAACAUUUUAAUAAAUACUAUAUUUAUACUGCAAAAAAUAGAUCAGCUGAGUAUGAAGAAACAGCUGGGAUAAACCUACAUGCAAUUUUGGAAUUUUCUUUGAACUCUGUGUAAAAAAAAAAGACCUGUGCCCCAGUUUUCCAUGUCUGCUUUUUCAUUUCUUAAAACCUUGUUUGAUUAAACGUGUUUAGCCGGCAUUAGUUUAAGACUUCUUCAAAUUUUCUGUAAGGGUGCUUAUCUUCACUCAAAUGACCAAGAUGCUUGAUGUGUUAGAAAGUUUUCUAAACUACCAUGGUUACAUCUACCUGAGACUGGACGGUACCACAAGAGUGGAACAGAGACAGGUAAAGAUACAGUGAAAUUUUGUGUUUCAAUAUUAUUGUUUGUUUGCCCAAAUAAUUUUGCAUUGUUACAGUGCAUGUAGUUCGAUGUAUUUGUUGGAGCCGCAGGUGUCUUUGAACUUACUGGGCAAACUUAGGGGGAACCAGGCCCGUCGUUUAUGGUCCAGUACCUAGGCAUUUCAUCAGCUACUCUGAGCAUGGCCCCAGCUACUUGCAAACAGGAGGAAAAUACAACCAAGAUCUAGAGCUUCCUGGCUGUUCAUUUCCUUGCCCACCAAUAUUUCAUAUAUCCAGCAAGUUGAAGUGACAGCUCUGAGAGUUAAAUCCUAGCUGUAUUUUUUGGUUAUUUAUAUUAAAAAUUGUACUUCCAUGAAGACAAAAGUUGUUAUAUUCAUUAGCAUGAACAUGGUUGCUAACUGGAUCUUUUUAUGGAAGAAGAGAAAAAGUUUGUCUGAUUAGCAGGCAGGUGUGAAACAAGUGAACAUCUCUGCUUACUGUCAGUCAACAAUAAUUUAUUUGGUCUUGAGUAAAUCUAGGCAUGUGCAGAAAAAAGCCCUAAGUCACUGCUGAGAUAUAUGUAUAUAUUUGAAAUUCUCCCUUUGGUUUGCAAGCAUACAAAAGGGAAACUGGAAGGAGAAUUUAGCAGUUAAUCAAAAGUCACUUGGUCUUUCUUUCUUGGCAAUUUAUUACAAUGUAACUGGGUGUGCUUGAGCUUAAAUAAGGACAACUUACUCACUAUGCAACAAUUUGGCUAUAAUGUUAUUGUUACUUGGUAUGAGACCCUAAAUAAGGGGAACUUUCUCACUGUGCAACAAUUUUCUACUGUAUUGGUAAAAAUGUUUUUUUGGAUGAGUAUAAGAUAUUGGUGCCAGGUGAGUUGAAAAUAUUAUCAAAUAGCGUAGGGCUAAUGGGACAACAUGUAAUGCUAGUUUGUUUUAACAGAAUAUCUUUUCAAGAUAAAAUUAAUAAAAUUAAUAGUAACUAAAUUUUGGGAGUUUAAGCAAAGACAUUUUUGAACAAUGCCAUCAAUCAGAAACCGACUUUUUGCAUUCUUGGGUUGUGUUUUUGCCCAAAUUUUUGGGCAAAUCGUCUCUGUCAGAUUUAAGACAGCUGCAAUACAGAUUGGUAGCUGAAGGCACAUAAAAAGGGAAAGGAGUCUCUUCCACUUGACUUUCAUCGCAUCGCCCUGAAACAUCUUUGCUUGAGCUCGCUAACAUCUUUUAUGGGAGAACUAUCAAGUACAAAGAAGUAUCAAACUAAUAAUUGUUUGGAUUUAUUCUUCCUGUUAGGUGUUGAUGGAGAGAUUCAAUGCAGAUUCACGCAUCUUCUGUUUCAUCCUGUCCACACGCAGUGGUGGUCUGGGAGUGAACCUAACAGGAGCUGACACUGUGAUAUUCUAUGACAGUGACUGGAAUCCCACCAUGGAUGCCCAAGCACAGGACAGAUGUCAUCGUAUUGGUCAGACAAGAGAUGUCCACAUCUACCGACUCAUCAGUGAGCGUACUGUGGAGGAAAAUAUCCUGAAAAAGGCAAACCAGAAACGAAUGUUGGGUAACAUUGCUAUUGAGGGAGGAAACUUUACAACAGCAUACUUCAAAGAGGUGAGUUGCUCCUGUUGAACCUCUCUGUCCUCUCUCCAGCCUGUUGAUGAUCAUUUAGAGUUAUUAUGCCGUCGAUGGUAUAUGGUAUAUCAGUAUGGGGAGGCCUCACAAAUAAGGAAGGUUUUAAGGCAUUAGAAGCACUGCAUGGUAGAGCUGCGAGAAUUAUCCUAGAGUUACCUUGAGAGAUAUCUAAUGCAGAUGUUAUGAAAAAGGCUAAUUGGUCUUCUUUAGCCUUUAUGUAUAAAAUUAGCUUUGCUAAGCUUAUGUAUAAAAUCCACAAUAACCUGACUCGAGACGCUAUGUCAGCUAUUAUUAAGAACAAUGAUAACAUCAAGCGAUAUCAACUUAGGAAGAAACUGAAAAUUGAUGUCCCUCGUUUUAACACCAACUACAUGAGGAACUUUGUAGCUCGUAGAGGAGCAAUAGUUUGGAACACGUUGGUUCCUCAACUUAAUGACGAUAUAGACAAUGUUAAGAAAUAUGCGAUUAUGGCAAGACGGUCAAAGGCUCUGUUCCACCUAGAUUUCGACUGUAUCUCCCCUCAAACAUUGACCAGAAGGGAGGAAGGUUUUAAGUAUAAUUAGUGUUAAUAAUUAGUCGAUACUAGAGUACCACCUUGUACUUUAGAAUCUUAAGCUUUUAUCGUUUUAGACUUGUAAGUAGCUAUAUGAUUUUAGCUGGUGUAUAUCCUAUUUAUUUUCUAAUUCAUUAGUUAUCUUAUUUAAUUAUUUAGACACGACCCCACAAGCGAAGCAUUGCUUUAAAUACUUAUUGUGUGUAAAUAAAGAUUAUUGAUUGAUUGAUUGAUUGAUUGAUUUUAACUUUCUUGAAGAUAAUGUAUGUGACAAGAACAGGGAGAAAAAUUGUUUAAGCAGGUCAAGUUUAAAGUUUUAGAUGACAUUCAAAAUAACUGACCAUGCAGUCAUCAGAAUUGAUGUCACAUUUUUAUAACCAUGAUUCAAAAAACAAGAUUACAAUUAGUCGUCUUCAGAAAUAGUGCCUUCUGUUUUUUUUAGUCAUGGACUUGAACAUAUGUGUAUAGCACCAUAGUGUGACACGUUUGUGUAUUAUACAUUCGUCUACUUAUCAGCAUAAUGUUAACCAUAACUCAAUCGACUUAACUUUGCUACUCCUCCAGCCGUCUUUUUCAUCAGUGUGCACUUUUUUUUAAAUUCUAAUCUAGUUAUAUGUUACAUUCACAGGGAACGCUAAAAGAUCUCUUCACAAUUGAGCCAGAAACUUCCGUUGUUCAACCAAAGGCUGAAGCUGUUAAGGAACCUGAAACAGAAGAAGAAUUGCCUGAAGAACCAGAGACAGCUGGCACUGAUGAUAGUGCCGAAGUCAAUAGUGAAAAACCUGCGGGUGGAAAAGUAUCUCAGAAUUUACUGGAACAGGUAUGACUGCCUUUGGAGCAAAACCUUUUCUGCCUUAAGAGCGAUUGAAAUAAUGCUUAAUGUGCGCUAUUAACCAAGCUUGAUGUAAAGAUGGCUAGAUAUUGACCACAUUCAAUCAGAACGCAGAAUUCACCUCAUCUUGCCCAUGCACAGAUUCAGUCGUACAAUAAAACUAGAUAUUGGCUCAAUUUAGUAGCUUUCAUUGAGGUCCUCACUCUUCCAUGUUUUUUCCCGGACACAAUUAAGAAACACUUUUAAGUCCAUGCAUAUCAGAAGUCAAGGAAAAUCUGUUAUUAUUUUCAUUUAUAGAGUACCAAAAAAAUAAAUAAGCUAGGAGUGGCGCAGGCUUACAAUGGUGUUUCUUUUCGUUUUUCUUUCCUCUUUAAUUUUACAGGGCUGUGCUCUAGCACCACCUUACUUUGCUCUUAAGUGACUAGGAAAUCUUAGUUUUUACAUAGAAAUCCUUUGCAUGGCACCCUGGAUUUCACAGGUUCAGGGCACUGGGCUCCCUUCAAUUUUUCUUAGAGAACAGCCUUGUUUUAUACAAAUAUUUGCAAACAACCUUAAGUGUUACCUGUGUGGGUGAAAAUAUAAUUUUUCUGUCAUGUCGCAGUUUUCAUUUGGAUACAGUAGGAGUUUCUCAACAUACUCAAAUUGUUUAAUUUUUAUUAUCAAUAUUAUUUUGUGAAUUAACUGCUAUCAAAAGUGUUAGUAAUGGUCUCCAUUCCUUGUCAGCAUAUGAUGAGUUUCAAACUUCAAAGGUCCGUGUUUUUGAAUGACCUUGAUAUUACAGAAGUUCUGAGCUGAUAUUUAAUCUGUCAGACCCCUCAAAUUUAUUUAUUGAAUGCAAAGAGAAUUAAACCAAGGUUUUCUCUAUUGCACUCUUGUUACAUUUUGUAGGCAUUAUUCAAAGCUGAAGAUGAGCAGGAUGCAUGUGCUGCUACUCGUGCCAAGGCAGAACAAGCUGCUGAGUUGGCAGAAUUUGAUGAGGGAAUCCCACUGAGUGAAGAUGGAUCUGGAAAGGUAGGUACCAGCCACUGCAAUGUCCAGAAUCGGUGAAGAAAUCAGCUCAUCUCUCUUCCACAUGCCCUCUUGAUCUUAUUAUUACUUGGAAGAGUCAGAACCCAACUUGACCAUGACUCCAUUGGUGAUGGUUUCAGUGUGACUGUGGUGUAUAUGGUACUUCACUGCUAUUCACCCCUGAAAAGUUGCAAAGUUCACUUGCUUAAGUGAAAAUGUGCUCACCAGCCUUUGCAACGUUUUUUUUUUUUCCUUUGACAUAUAACUAGAGUAUAUGGUGUGCUGGGCAGCUACGUUUCCCUGUGUAUUGAUGCUGUUUUGAGUUACUUUAUGUAUUUAUUAAAGUAUCAACGAUUUCCAGAUGGAGUUUUGUUUGUUUGUUUGUGUUUCAUUUAUAGUUACUACUUUUUGUUUGCUUAUAUUGUAACAGGAUGCACAAAGGGAAGAAAUAUCUAAAGUUGAGGAGGAGCUUUCUGCCUUGGAAGGCCAGGUAUUCUACUGUUCCUGUCUUGACUUGAAAUUCUCAAAUAUUUCACUGCUACAGUCUAUUCUGCUUUUUUCUUAUUUGGUAGUUAUAUUCUGAUUUUGUAUUUUCAGAUGACUCCUGUGGAAAGAUAUGCAAUUCGAUUCCUUGAGUCCUCUGGUGCAUACAUCACACUGGAGCAAAUAAAAGCAGCUAAGGUGUGCUAAAUGCUGGUUGUUUUUACACUUUUAUGCUGAUGGCUAUGCUGAAUUUCCAAUGCCUGACAAGGUCUUCACUCUUUGUUUGGGUCAUGACCUCAGCAAGAUUAAAACUUUCCUUCUUACAAGCUUCAGAAAAGCACCAAAUGUUUCUGAAGUCCCCAUGAAGGAGACAAAUGUUGUGUUUGUUGUAUCAAAGCAACUGAAGCCCUUACCCUCUACGCUAGUUUCAUGUGAUUGAACUUCUAUUCUUUGUUCUUCAUAGGAUGAAGUUGAGAUGGCUAAAAAAGACUGGGAGCUUGGUCACCUUCAAGCACUGAAGAAAGAAGAAGAGAAGCGCGCUGCUGAAGAAGAAGAUGAGAUACUCUACACUUACUCCCGCGAGAAUGCUCUUCAGGUUAAAAAGAAUAAGUCAAAACGCAGAUCUAGACCUAACAGUCGAUGCUCAAGUAAAAAAUCCCUAAGUUCGAAACAAACAAAAAAACUCAGUGAACCCAAGGUAACUUCCAAGGAGGCUCCGGUGGCUGUCAGGAAUAGUCGUAGUACCAGCCGCGCUUCCUCCCAAGCUAGUAGUAGAAGCAGUAGCUGUAGUAGCUCUAAACGAGUCACCAGAAGAACUAAGUUUCCUGAUGAAAAUUAGCUUUUAGGUUUAAAAAAUGUUUUGACUUGAUAUACUGUUUGUCAAGCUGAAUUGGUGCUUUGGUUUCUUGUUUAUUCAGUUACUGAAAUAUGGAGAAACAGAUAAUGCAUAAGGUCUUAUCGCAUUUUUGGAAAAAAUUGUACAAUGUAGGUGUUUUGUGAUAGUCAAUCCUUCAAAGUUAAAUUGCACAUAAAAAAUUUUGUAUGAAAUUUAUCACUAAAUGCAGUGAAGUCAUUUAUUUAUAGAAAGCGUUUAAUGAAAUGAAUGUUGCUCUGAAUUGAAUGUAUAAAGAUUGGGCCAGAAAAAAAAAUUAUGUAAUUUGGGCACUUUUGUUUUAAAAAAGUGUAACAGACUUAAAAAUAAACAGUUUGAGAAGUAACAGUCGUUGUGUUUGUCAUUGUUGUAUCUUCUCUUGAUUGACAGCUGAACUAAUAGGCACUAUUAUGAUUCUGCCUGUUAGUUUUGUGUGCCAGUAGCUUUGGAUGGCUGUACAGCGUUAGCAUCGCCAACAAUGGUGACCAAAGUGGUCUUGAACUAACUAAAAUUCAAUCUGUUGCUGGUCAAAAAAAUGGUGUUUGAUGGUGGUUUGGCUGGCCAGGACUUAUAACAUACCAUUCUUCUCUUACAUCUGUUUAUUUUUCGUUUCUUUACUGUACCCGUCUUAUCAUUUAUCUGCAUUUAAACAAACACGUAAGCAAUAUUCUUACUCUUUAAUCUGUUUUGUGAUUUGUAAUGACUACAUUAUAAUUCUUUUUUGAGUAAUCACAAUUGUUGCUGUUGUCUCACUUGAAUACUUAAUUUUUACUGUGCUCUUGGAUGCUUCACCUCACUAUGGCUUCCCACUUUCUGUACUUUUGUGCUUUUUUCCUUUCUAUUUUGUUUUCUUUUUGUAUGUUAAGAAACGAGGAAGGGGUCCAUUUUGCUAUGGUUUUGGACAUGCUAGCCUACGCCAUCCAAACAAUCAAGAGAAGGUUUUAAAAAUGACAGGCAUUUCAAGGCACUUUGAACUAGACUUGCUGAACAGCCAUUCAGAGCCUCCCUUUGGGUUUCCUGUGCAUUUUCUAUCAAAGCUACGAGACGUGCAUUAUUCGAGAAGGAAACUGGGCUGAGUUAAUGUUCGCAAGGACUUCUGGGACUGUUCCUCAGGACAGGGAAAAUAAUUGCCAAUAGCUGACAGGCGCUUCUGCAGUAACAAUCCCAGAAGUCCUUGUAAAAUCUAACUCAGUCUGAUUUCCUUCCCAUUUUUAAGUGGUGAAUUGAUAUUACAAAAAUUUGGUUCCGGGAAGUCAUUUUACCACUGUUAACCCUUUACGUCUCAUAGUGAUCAACAUCAACUUUUCCUACAAUAUCCUUACAUCACAAAGAGAAAAAAAAAACUAAAGAGAAAAUGAAAUUAGAAAAUAGGUCUUUCAAGCACUUGCCUUCAUUAGAGUGCUUAAAAUUGCUGUGACGAAGAACCAGCACUCAAAAGGUCAGUUUUUCAAUCAUUUUACAGGGGUAAGUUUAUUUUAUCACCUCGGUUGACAAAACCAAACUUUUGUGUUUCACUCCCCCACCCACCCACUCUCUAUUGAUUACCUGUUUGUUAACCUUGAGUCUAUAAAAAAGAAAUUUUUUUUUGGAAUAAAGUCUGGAAUUUUGGAUCCAAUAAUCUGUAAGAACCCUGUACAUAACAGAAAAGAAAAACUAGCUUCAUAGGGGACAAUCCUGAUCAUUACCAUUAGUGGAUCAUGUUCUGAAUUAAAUAAUUUGGACAUCAGUGAAACCACUUUUUGCUGUGGUUGCCUCUUGUUAAACAUCUGUUUACAACUUUUAAGUAGCCAGUGCAGUUAACUCUUGCAAAGACAGACCUCUUUGACAUCUAUUUUGGGCAGGUUGCCACCCUUAAGAGAGCAUGAAUGAAAAUCAGAAUUCAAUACUAGAAGUCCAUGUUAGGGACACUUAGGGAUAUAUAUGUUGUAGUUCAAUUUUAUCCUUGGUUUAAAUUUUGUUUCCCUUUGUUUUGGGGUAUGGUUAUGUGUAAUGAUGAGUCUAAAACAAGGAAAAAAAUUUAAAGCAAGGAUAAAAUUUUACAACAACAUAUACAUGUUGUAAGGCCAUAUUUUAAUAAAUAGAAACUCAUAAGUAAAUGUUUUCUCUUUAGGUGUAUGUGAAUGAUGUUACUGGGGAGGAAAUGCCGGUUAGUGGCCACUGUUUUUUUUUUUUUUUAAUUUUAAGCUGUUUGAGCCAAACAGAUGUGAAGCAGUCUGGUCGAGUCUGUCUGCAAAACAGCGCCAAAAUCCUUUUACUAGACCCCCACCUGUGUACCAGGAUUUUAGUAAGUGCUAUGAUUAGCCUUGAAAAAAAGCCAUUGUCAAUCUGCCAAUCAACUUGAAGGGAAAUUUAAAAUGCCUUUCCUGUAAUUUGUUGAGUCCUUUUGGGGCCCAGAACAAGGAUAUCAGCACUACUUCACGGACGUUGCUAACUGGGGGUUAGAUUACAUCUGUGAUGGCAGGCUAGGGCUCGGUACCACCUUCAAAAACUUUCAUAUUUGGAUUUGUUUGCAUUUCAAAGUUUAAAGUUCUGCACUACUGAACACUAACUUCUGAGAACCAGACUUAGCUCAUAAAGAACAAAUUCAUACAUUUGCUCAUUCUCAUAAAAUCAAUUAUUAACUUUCAAUUACAAGGAAUGUCAAGCUUGCACAUCAUUAAAUCGAACAAGUUACUUAUUAAUUUCCUGCAUUACUUUUUGAUACCCAAAAUAUUGCUCAGGCAACAUAUUUUUCUUUUUACGUUCAUCCUCUCCUGAUCAAGGUUGCUAUUUCAAAUUGAGAAUAAUUCAAAAUUUUUUUUUUCUUCAACAAUAUUUUUUUACAUAUUGUCAAAAGAGCCCUGGUCUUGCUUGGUACCCUACCUUUAACCUACAGGUUUAAGAAGAGUUAUUGAAUCGUAGUAACUGACAGUGGGGCUUGUCUGACCUCAUAGUCAUGUACCAUAAUAUUGAACUUGAAUCAACUUGAUACAACAGCCUAAAUUGCUGUGAGGCAGGAAAUUUUCUUCAACACAUCUUUGCCAGAGCUCGGAAACAACACUUAAGUUGUAUUCUAACUUAGUGAUAGAUACUCUACUUCAGUCUCAUUCUGUAGUCCAAAUAGUCUCUAAUUCAAGAAAUGUAUGAAUGUAGCAACAUUAUUGUAACCAUCAAUUCCAUUUUUUGUAGAUUUGGACCCCACCGACUCCUCCCCGGGAUGGACAAGAUGAGUUGUAUGUCGAUCCUACCUUGGGAUACCUAUAUGAGAGCGCUCCUAUGGUAGCCAAUCGUCUUCCACCAAUGUAUUUGACAAAACCUCAUCAAACAGGAAAGAGAACAGUUUACAAGUCUGUUGUUUACUUCAGGGAUCAACUUCAAGGAUCUGCAAAGUAAGUUUGCUGCUGUUAUUGGCUCAGAAAAGAAGUUUGUAUUUUAAAUUGGGGCCAUUUUAAUGGGACCUUCACCUAGUAGCUAACAUCCUACAAUUUGUGACAUUAGAACUUGGGUCAAUUGAUAUUACUAACGUUGACAUAUUGUGCUGGACAUCCUUUUCCCUCUCCCUUUCAAUUUUGGCCUCAAAAUUUGACCAAUCUACCGAUAAACCAUCACUAAACAACUUUCUAAGGGAGAAAGGGUGGUACAAGAGCUGUGUGACCAAAGUUAGGUGUCCUUGAUUGUAGCUUCACCCCAGUCAAACUCUGUAUUUCAGAGCUAGACGUUAGCAGUUAUUUCUGAUGUUAUGUUCUGUGCAAUUGGCACCUGGUGCCUCCAACAUAUACUUGACUUAUUUAUUUUCUUGUUGCACAGAGAUCGAGUCAGCCGUCCCACGUCAGUGUUUGAUAGGAAUGGAUUUGAUCCAUUUGCUAGAGGUCGCCGUAACUCAUUAAGUAAGAAGUCCAAGAUGAAGCAGAUCAAACAGCCAGCUGCCCCUAGUAUUGUCAAACAGGCAGAUUAUUCACAGGUUUGUUAUCAUGUUAUUGCUAACAUAAUUAUAUAGUGGAUACAAAUUUCCUUCUUCAUCUUGAGAUGUCUGUUAUAAAGUUGUGGAGUUAUACAGUGAAGAAAAAUUCAGAGAUGUAAUUCACUGCUCAUCAUGUGUAGUUUGUUUAAUAUGAGUAAAUAAUUUCUCUGCAGGGUGCAGGAAUUCCAGAAUGGUUGAUCCAUGAAGACUGGGCUUUAUUACAGGUUUGUGACUAUAAGAAUACUCAAAGAUAGUUUUGGUCUCAAAGUUGCAAAGACUCACAGUAGUAAACCUCUCUUUCACAUAAUAUGUAGGUAUAAGCAGUCUGUGUACUCAAAUAAGCACUGAUAAAGUUUCUUUGGUCUUCUUGGUGUCGCACUUACAUGUACAUCAAUUCUCUCAUUUGUGAAUAACAUGGUACUACAUAAUUAUUAUUUCCCUUUGUUUUUAAAAACAAUAAGAACAGCUAAAGAAAUGUAACAAAAAAUGUCAUUUAGGGUCUGUUUCACUCUUCUAAUCAGAGAUAUGAGCAUUAACAAAACAUUUAAAAAGACAGAGGCAAUCGGCAACACCGCACUGUUGCUGGAAGAAAACAAGGCUUAUUCAAGGGCAGCUUUUGCUAGUAUUUUUGCUCAAGAGUGUGUCACUUAUUCUGGCAAAUCCCAUAAGUUAAUCUUUACCCCAAGAAUUUUUGCCAGUGCCAUAAGCACAAAGUCCUUGUGCCUAUACUUAAACUUGACUUUAAAACCAAUGGUACCUUAUUAAAAACAAGCAAACUACCCUUAAACUGUUGCAUGGAGUACUAAAGAAAAGUUUGUAUUUUAGGCUGUUAACUCACUUCAAGAAUUGCCAGUUGAUCUUGCUGUUAAUGUGCCCAGCCAAACACCCAACUGGGACAUUGUCUGCAACAUUGUCAAUCUUACCAGCAGAACAUUCCGUUCAGUACGCCAGGUAUUGUACUAUCCUAUACUUAUUUCUUAACACUUUAAACUCCAAUAUCCAAAUACAAAUUCUCCAGACCAAUCUCCAUACAUUUCCUUAACACUUAGUUGAGAGAAUUUGUUUGAAGAUCAAAGCAUUUUCUGUCACUUGAUCAAUUUAUUAAUUUUUGCAACAUUUCCUCUUCAUUAUGCAGGGCUGUCAAUAAGGGCCGGUAGCGGGCCAAAACUCCCCGCUACUUAGCCAUCCUUAUCUGUUUACUUUCCUCUCCUUCUACCAAUAACUGCUAAAAAAAAUAAGCACCAUCGUUUAAAGUACUGUAAAGCAUCUGUUUCCUAGUUUUGAAUGACAUUGAAUGCAUAUUUAAACUGGUUUAGGUCUGUGAAACGUUCGAACUGUUCGAUGUGGUGGAACGCGUGGGACAUUUCGACUGCAUUGUUCCGAGUCUAGCUUGAAUUCUGACAAGACAACAUGGUGUCGGCACUGGAAAAAUAAUACCUCUUGGAAAUCCCUGGAAAUACCAUUUCCGGAGACUCGAAAUUGAAAUAUGUCCCUACAUGACUCGGCCCUCAAGAUGCCUACUAAUCAUUAUCAGCCUGCUACUUAAAAACGUUUUGACAGCCCUGAUUAUGUAAUGAUAUUGUUAGAAGAAAAUUGAUUUUGGUCACUUGUGGGACUUACAGGGUUAAGCCUUUUUAUUCAAUUAUGGAUAACUGUAAUGUAGUUCCAGUGUUUUAGACUUUUGAGUGUGUGAAGUAAAUCAUGUAAAUACAGUGAUGUUACCUUCAAAUAAUAACAUUUUCACUUCAGCACAUCAUAGUACUGUUUGUUUUUAUUUUUUGUACUCACUGGAAAUUUUUUCGUCAGUUUUGGUACUCUUGGAAAGAUAGAGUUAACUCCUUGCUGAGGUGCUGAAACUGAAAUUCUGUGUGAGAAAUACAAUACAGUGGUAUAUAACAAAAAUAAAAAUAAUGCAACUUUAAUAAGUAUACUGCUAGCUUCGAGUCACUAAGAUGUCAAAUACUGCACAUGGUUUAUUUCAUCCAAAAUGUACAGAGAUACAGAAGAUAAAUUCGAAAUCUACAUGCAGAUAUCAAUAGAAAUCACAAUCAGUCAAGAAAUGUUAAAACAAACCGCAAAUAAGAAUAAUAUUCACAUACGCGUUGGUGUUUCUCAAGUUUCGCAACUAGUUGUAAUGAUCUCACUAAUCAAUGAAUGUUACGUCAUGUAAUUAGUCGUCAUUAAAUCAUGCAUGAAUUUUGUGUUAUACCGAAACAAUCAGUGCUAUGUCCCAAGUUUUCUAGUUAAAAGUCUUGUGUGCUCUUUGUAUUCUUGUGUGCCCGAUUUUUCCUUUUUUGAUGAGAGUCAUUAUUUUAAUCCCUGUCUUUGAGACAGUUUUUUUGGUGUGUGUGGUCAAUUUGUAAUUAAAAUGAUAUUAUGAUUCUUACUGUUUAAUAGUGCAGAGAUCGCUACUUGAACAUAAUCAUUCCCAGGGAGGAAGGAAAACUUCCUUUGGUGAGAAUUUCAAUGCUAUUUUAUUUCUGAUUGUUAGAAUAAUAUUUUAAGUGUUCAAAAAUGCAUAAAUUUGUAUUGAACUGUAUGGCAUAAAUUUGAAGAAAAGCAAAAUAAUACUCCUACUAAUAUGCCCUAUGUGAUAUGUUUUUACUGUGAAACUCACAAAACCGAAAAUGCAAAUAGCAACUGUAAAUAAUUUGUGGUUUUGAGGUUUGCUCGCAUGUCCUGGUCUUUAUUGUGAUUGGUCUCUACACAAUCAACAUUCCUGAAAAUUUUCAGGUGUUAGGGUUUUUUUGAGUUAAACAGUAAAACCGUCUGUAUUUCUUCUGAACCAUUAGCCUGGAGUGGAGGAAAAUUUGAAGAAAUUAAAGACAAAGUACAAGGCAUUCCCACAACCUUAUCUUACCCAGCCUCACCAUUUACCUAUCAAGGUAUGUAGAGUUACAGACACAGUCAAACCUUCAUGUGCGACCAUCUACCCAAAACCCCCAAAUUUUCCUAGUCAAAGCCCUGUGGGUAGAAUCUCUUGUGAAUGACCACCUCUGGUAAGCAACGACGACCUCAGUUUGGGGUGAUGGUUUUAUAAUUUUUCAUUGUUUUUAACCUCUUGUAGGCGACCAUCUGACCCAUGGUGUGAUAUCUAUGUUCACAGUAUGUACUACACUACCAAGAGUCUACAAAGAACUUUUAGUGACAACAUAUCGUAACUUAGAAAUUGCAUGUAAUAAAAAAAAUUAUCUUCGUUAAAGUAAGUACCUUGGGAGCUCUUCUGGUAACAGACUUCUGUAGUUUGAUUCUUGUAAGCAACCACCUGCCUUAAACGUCCAAUUAAUGUCCACAUUUUGGGUGGUCGCUUACGGAAGGUUCAACUGUAGUUAGCUAGAAGUGAUUUUAACAGGCCAAUAAGAAGUGGUUAGCACUAUUUAUAUUGGCUUUUGAGCUACUUCAAGGAUGAAGAUAGUGCUUAAGACUGUGGUUUAGUUAAGUAAUUUGUUUUAUAAUUCAGGUGAAGGGAACAAGUGGCAGGCCUUUCAAGACCCAUCAUAUCUUAGCGCAAGAUGCUGGUCGUUCUCCCACUGUUGUACGGUCAUCUAUGUUUGAACUUGUCAAAAAGACUUCACAGAAGAGAAAGCCCACCCUCAAGCAAAUGUGAGAACCUUUAAAAUAAAUUGUAGAUCAUAUCCACUAUGAAGUAUGUCAUUUAUUUGAGAAGAAUUCAAAAUGGCAGGAACGUGUGAUGAACCCCUAAGAACGUCUGCUGGGAGGCUACAGAGCAACAGCUGCACCAAAAAACAUAAACGACUAACAAUAGUUUCCACAACACAAAGAAACACCCAAAUUUUGUAAUAAAAUUGAGAAAGGAAAAAAAUAAUGGUAAAAAGUGCCAUGUGAAAGUAAUGCUCAGGAGACUUAAUUUCAAUGAACACAUCACAGGAUUUUUUUUCAGACUCGAGAAUAGAAGGGUUAAGAGAAUUACUUGAUUCUUCAACCGGCAUAAGCAUCAUUUUCAUUUGUUUUGAACUCAGUUAAGUGGAAGCUGUCACUAAGUACAGCAUUUUAUGAUUUUUUAAAACCAAAUUACAAUGUAAUUUAAUUAUUGUUUUCAUCACUGAAGGUGCAUUUCUUCUCUUGAAUUCCCUUCCAAGAUUUCUAUAUUUUCCUUGUUGAGGUGAUGCUGUUGUUCAUUUUCAAGGUUGGUUGAUCCUCAGAUGAAAAAUUUCAAGCACUCAGCUGUGUUGGUAGCAAGGUGAGAUACUCAACACAUUUAUUGUCGAAAAAAUGAGCUGAAAACCUUACUUAAGAACUGUGGGAUGAAGAAUUAAAUGGAAGAUGUACAUCACAUUUAUAGACGCAACUUUUGCAGUUGUGAAAAGCAAGCUUGUUAAAUUUAGGCUUGUACAGGGGGUACUGCCACAUAUGGGCUAUAUAGGUAUGUGCCGCUGUGAACGGUAUGGUUUUCAAGCAGUUUACUCUAGGAUAGGGUAUGGGUAUUAUUUUUCAGGAAAUCAGUCGGUUGAAGAUUUUAUCUAGACUAGGGAUUGUGGUGUAAGGUUUUGUUUUGGCUAGACUGUGCUAGUGACCUCAGUAGUUUCUGGAAAACAGCUACUCUAGGAUAGGGGGGAUAAGGAUAGUUUACUCUAGUAUAGGGUAGCAAAAUUUAGCUGAACUAGCUCUGGUAUAGGUUAAGGGUUCCAGGGUUCCAGCGGCUCAGACCCACCCACAAAUUUCUAAAGUACCCCUCCCCGGGUACAGGACAAGUCAACUGGAAGUAGUUCAUCCUUUCAUGGGAUUGUAAUGAACCAGUUCAAUGACCUGCCCCUAGCUGGCUUGUUAGCUGAACUAGUAGAGCACUGCACUAGUAUCUUUGAUGUCAGGUUUUAAAGUUCCAUACAAACCUGUUGUGGCUGUAUUAUCUUGGUUAAUUCGUUAAUAUGCUACCCAUAAAUGAAACAUUAUCUUUUGUAGUGGAAUUUCUGAAGAAAAGACUUUAAACCCAGUUCAGCUAGCUACGCAGAAGGCAGAAAGGAUUGCGAGAGAAAAGGCGGCUGCACAGAGUGCUGUGGUGAGAGAAAACUGCACUUUUAUAUUUGGGGUCCUAUCCCUCAUAUUUUACUAUAAUUUUAUCAUUGAGAUGGUUAUUUUACGUUAUACCAGGAUCUUCAUCGUACUUUACUGUAUUUUAAAGCAAGGAAAGAAAAUGAUGCGUUAAAGUGGAGUUAUUGUUGAUGUACUUUAAAUCAUGGCAUUUUAAUUCCCCUUUUACUUUGUGAAGUGUAUCAUCCAUAGUUCCAACAGAUGUAGUGCUUGCCUGAAGUUGAACCUAACGGCCAUUCUUACAACAAUUGUGCAGUUAUUUUGAGGCAGUGCUUCAACAGAUCAAUACAGUUCUGUUCAUGAUACCUAUUUUUUUGCCAAAAAAAUAACCCUGCAUUCAUCUUACUUGCAUUGUUUUGCAUUAGUUACAACAGCAGCAGCAGCAGCAGCAGCAGCAACAACAACAACAAAGUCAACAGCAACACCAAAAUCCACAAGUGGCAGCACAAUCUCAACUUCAACAACCACAGGCAGCCCAAGUUUCCCAACAACCACCUGCAGCAAAGCAAAUGCCAACCACUACUGUGCAGCUCCCUGCUCAAAAACUUACAACCACCAGUCAACUGAACUCAACAUCUGCUGCUGUGAGUCUAUUGUUGUUGUCUUUAUGGAGUGUAUAAAUGAGCCAGGGGUGGAGUUAGAGAUCUAAAGAAAAAUUCUUGAGAUUGUAUGACCCUCGCAGGGUACUAGAAAAAAAUGAAGUGCCCCUCCUACUAGCCCUAGGGCAUGGAACAAAACAAAACCCUCCCCACUUGCUUUAGCAAUACCCAAGUCAGAUACUGUGUAGUACAACAAUACUGCCACUGCAGUCGUAAUGACAAAUAAUGAAUACCGGUACCUUUUGUUUGAACUGCAUCAUCACAGAGGUUUCAAGAAUAAUACUUUAUUUUUAUACUAAGAAAACAGUCAACAAAAAUGUUAAGUUUGUGCUAGAAAUGUAUUGUUUAGUGUUGGCAAAAGAGAACUUCACCUGUAAAAUUACGAUUGGGCAGCACAUUUUGAAGAGGUGGUGGGUGGCAACCCUGUACAAUGAUUACAUCAAAAUAAUGUGUCACCAUCAAUUUUUUUAGGCGAUGGCAGCUCUUCAGAAAAGUGCAACACUUCAAAGUGCAGCUGGAACCACAGCUGCAUCGACUUUAUUGAAGACUUCAGGUAAAUGGGUAGUUCAAAACUUAGACGGCUAGUGCUUUAUUUUGUCAGAAGUGUCUAAUCAGACAACUUAAGUCUUAAAGAGAAUUCUACAUCAGUGCUAUAUACCCAGCAAGAUUAGUCUAUUUCUAAUCAUUAUACAUUGCAUUGAUGGUUUUUAAGUUAAAACAAGUGUGUGAGCAAGAAUUUACCAGUUACUCAAACUUGUUUGAUUGGCAGCUGCUGGUAUAGUGCUGAGUGGACAGGCAGUACCAACAGGCAGUGGGUCGAGUAUUGUAGUCAACACACACAAGGGUAAUGCUACAGGCCUCAGUUCCAUGGCAUCAUCCUCCUUUGCAACAAUUAACAAGAGGAUGCAAGCGAAAACUUUGGUUCAAGUUCAAACUGUAAGUACCAAAAGUUGUUUGGUGAGGACUUAGAAUCUCAUAAGGUUUGGAAAAGGGUGUUGAGAGUUUUUCAAUAGGAGUGAUGCAGUCUGUACCAUCUGGAAGACUCUAAUAAAGGAAGGUAGCUCACUGACGGACCAGAAAUUGCUUUUCAUAAUGUUGUAUUUUCACAUCAGGGAGUGGUGGGUCAGACAAUCAGCACAAACAGUGUGAGCAGAAGUAGGUCUACUGAUAGCCUACAUAGCAGUCGUUUCCGCUUCCUUUUAGCCACGUGGAAGAAUCACAGGAGAAGCCCAGGUAGGGAAGGGAUCAAUCUCUCGCACUUCUCUCGCUUGGCUAAGAGGAAGUGGAAACGACUGCUUCACAGGCUAGCCUCCUUGAAUGGCAUGUCAUUAAAAAUGGUCUAAAAAUUUAUAUAUGGCCCAAUUUGAUAUCUCAAGUGCAUGGUGAAAAAGCUUGAAUACUCCCCCAUUCAAAAGAAAGAGGCACACCUUGGGAAGGGGGAUUCUCGGCUGGCAAAUUGUAAAUGAAAAGUGCAAAGCUCUGUACUGUUUUAAAAUCACUGUGGAAAAACCAUACAUGUGAGUAUUUUCUCUAAAAAAUGCUUUUCAGUAUUACCUUAAAUCCUCCUUUCAAAGUUAGUCUUAGGUGUAAAGGUAAGUUUUUCCCGGUAUUUACACUCAGACGUAAAUGAGUUUAUCUUCUUUCGUGCUUUGCUGAAAAGGCUAAAGACAAAUCAAAGUGGCUAAUAUCAAAAAAUAUAUCAUGUUAAUCUCUUUGGUAAGAGCAAAGGCGAUUAUGUUCAGUGAAGUAGAUAAAGACACAAGUAUCAAAGGUUGGGGUUUGGCUUAUGAAGGUAAAGGGUUUAUGAGCCACGUGCAUUAUUUUCCCAGAAUGCGUCUUCUGCUGCGACAUCCACAACAAGAGUGUUGCAGACUCAGCCAAGUCAAGUAAGCAGCCCUCUUGCCACCUCAGGUACUGCAACAUCAAUGACACUUGGUGCUGCCAGCAGCUUAGCACCUGCAUCAUCAUCAUCGACAGUUGUCAGUCAGGUAAGAAGCACUUCUAUAUAAUAAUUUUGUUUUCAGCAACUACCUCGCAAGUGAAGGUUGGGUGCCUGAGACAUCCAGCAGCCUUCACUAGUGGUAUCCAGCUCCUAGAUGGAGACUGCUCCCAUUGAUCCCCAUCUGACCUACGAUCACCAUAUUUCAUGUGUAGUGUCAUCUUGUUUCGCAAAGCUUUGCCAAAUAAAUAGAGUCAAAAGGAGCUUCGACAAGGAAACACUAGAAUUGUUAAUAACAUCAUUAGUCUUUAGCAAGAUGCUUUACUGCUCAUCUGUAUGGUCUAAUACUACACUCCAGAAUAUAAACAGAUUACAAUCUAUUCAGAAUUUUGCCAGCAAGAUCGUAACAAACUCUAGGAAGUUUGACCACGUAACACCUUUGCUUCGAGAGCUAAACUGGCUUCCUGUUAAAGAACAAUUAUUCUAUAGAGACUCCGUUUUGACCUUUAAAUGUCAGAACGAUCUUGCGCCUCAAUACUUAACGAGCAAGUUUUCCAAGCGCUCAAAUAUACAUACUCGUAACACUCGUACACGGAACUCUUUGCAGAUUCCGCUAUACAAAACGGCUAUAGGCCAGCGCACAUUUUCCUACAGAGGGGCCUACAUAUGGAAUAACUUGCAUAAUGAACUUAGGCAAAGUGCCUCAUUGGCAUCUUUCAAGAGCGCCCUGAAAGACACACUAUUGAGGCAGACAUUUCCUUCAUAAGCGUUAGAUUUUAAUAGAAUACCAUCAUAAAUUGUGAUUUCGAGUUUUUAUUGUUAUUUUUGCUUUUAUAAAUUGGAAAUAGUUUGUAAAUAGUUCCUGAAAAACCUCACGAGGAUGUUACUAUUAAAGUUAUUAUUAUUAUUAUUAUUAUCACACAACCCAGCCAUGAGCUCCACCCACAAAGAAGAGAGCCGGCAGCCGUCACACUGACAAACUGUGGAGUUAAAGGGGAAGAGCUCCAAGCUUAAUACAAUGCCAUCACUAAAGAAACGCCCAUGCUCACGCCAAACACACUUUGAUCCAUGAGCACGUGGAAUCCCGUUGCAUGCGCAUCUGUAAAUGCCGCUGAACACAAAGGAAGGCUAAUGCUCCUCGUUAACUACUUUAUUUAAAAUUACAUUUGACUGCAUUAAAUAAUCGUGUAUGUGAACUGCAGACAAUACAUUGCAGUAAUGGUUUAAUUUUUAACAGUUUAUAAACAUCUCUGAAAAGUAACAAUCAUGUUCAGUAUUCAAAGCCUGGCUUUUGUAAUAACUGGUCACAACAACAACCAGUUGGAGACCCGGUCAACUGUGAGUUUGUGAUUUACCCGGUGAUGGUAAUUUAUCAAAGUGAGAGUAUAAAAAUAAUCAUAUGCAUAAAACCCAGACUAAACAUGGGAAUGAUGGUGAUCCUCUUUUUCUCAUAGGUUGGUCAGCAGACGUCCUCUCCAUCAGUUGCUUCUGCAAGUAUGUAUUGUGUGUGGGGUUUGUUUACGUACGUGCCCGUAUUAUCAACUCAGUCACUCCAUACGAGAUCUAAAGUGCUUACCAUUUACAUGGGAAAACCGGAAAUUCUGGUUGGAAAAUCAAAUAGUUCUCCCUAUUCCAUUUGGGUGUACUUCACAGCUUUUCGUUCUCCCACCGCGUCGAAUUUUAUAGAUUGAUGUUUCUGAACAGGAUUUCCACCCAGGUGAUUUUAUAUAAAUGACAAGCACCCCUAGUUAACCCCCCUCCCCCUUCCACUCCCCGUCUAUCACAUACUGCUUGGCCACCACUGGGAUUGAAAGUGUAAAUGUUGCUCCUUCUGAUAUGAUGUUCUCUGAUUUGUGUUGUCAAUAGGCCACAGUCUUCCAGUGGGUACCCAGCAGUUUGUAAACCAGGCCGGAGUCAAGCUAACACCCCAGCAAGUUGCUUUAAUAAGACAGCAUCAUAUUCAGCAGCAACAAUUGAAAAGGCAACAAGCGGAUCACAUGAAACAGCAGCAGCAUCAGCAGCAACUCAAGCGCUUUCAGAUUCAGCACGUGAAUCAAGGGCAAAUUAACCAAGGUGCCGGUACCGCCGCUGGCGCUGUCAACAUACCUAAGCAAGGAACAGUUCAGCAAGCUUCUGUUCAACAGAGACAGCAGAUGGCAAACCAACAACAGGCACAGGCUGCUGCUAUCCUCCAAAAGAAGACUCCACAGACUCUCACCCAGCAGCAGAUUCAGCAGAUCCUGUCAAAACAGCAGCUGUCGCAUUUGACGCCUCAACAACAGGCACAACUGCGACAUCAGAUUCAACAGCAGCACCAGCAACAGAUGUUGCAAAAACUGGCGUUGCAGAAGCAGCAUCAACAACAACAGCAGCAUGGUGUCGGGAACGUGACCACCAUGCAAAGUGCACCGGCAGGUCAACCUGUUUCAGCACCUUCAAGUGUAGCAAAGUCCAUGACGCCACAAGUUCAGGCACAGUUGCUUGCAGUACACAAGCAGAAGCAACAACAGCAGCAACAGCAGCAGGUUCAAAGUCAGGUGGCACCGCAGCCUGUAGUCUCACUUGCUACAGCACAGGUUCAGCAGCAGCAGUCGCAGCAACCUCAGCAGAUGGCGACUGUGACACUGGGACAGAGGACUGCUGCUCCAGCUGUUCAGUUACUACAGCAGCAACAACAGGCAGCCCAACAACAGCAACAAGCACAGCAGCAGCAAGCACAUCAUCAGCCCCCAUACCAAAUGAGGCUGCGCAAUCCACCCAAACAUUAACCCCUCAUCUUAUACACAGCCAACUGUUAACAAUCCUCAAGCAGGCGACGCGCUCGAAUACGCGCCACCUCUCAAGAAAAAAGGCAGAAUUGUAUUUUUAUUUUGUGCGUGCAUGUAUUACACAAGAAAAAAACAAAUCCGUUCAACUUAUACCAUGUACAAAGAAACGUUGAAAAAUACUCGGUGGCCAGGAAAAAGGCGCCGUUCUCUCCUUUCUCUAAGUAUACAUUAGGCUGCUUUUUUUUGUGACAGCCUCGAUCCCAGGUUAUCUCCUACUCUCUCCAUAGGGACGGGUAGGAGAGAACCCUGGGAACGAGGUUGUUUCUUGUGACUUCUCAAAGGGAUAAGGACAAUCCAUCAGUUUUGCUACCGUGAUUUAUAAAAUAGUUUUAAAGAAGACGUGCAUACAGCUUGUAAAUUUUGCUUUAAAUUCUUUUGAUCGUCCAUUUGUAGUGAUAUAGGGGGUGUAAAUACACCUUGUUUAAAAAGGCGGAUAAUGUAUGUUAGCUAUGCAGUCAAAGAAGUAAAUAAGUAACUUUGUGUAUUUUUAUUUUCUAUUUACGUUCAUUGUACUAUUACCAUAUUUAAGGUCCCUGUAUCACCUCUCAUCUCAUAACAGUUGGUCGGGCUUGAAAACGCUUCAGUUAACCCUUGUCAAAACCCCUAACAUAGGUGAUCAUUUUAUUUCUCCUCUUGGUAACUCUGCUCAACCAGAAAUAACGGUUGUGAGAAAACAGGAAAUGCAAGUAACACAUUUCUUGAUUAUUAUACAAAUUCUCCUCACCAGUACCGAAGAUAACAUAUACUGAACAGUGUGGAGAAUGACACUGGCACUAUUUGGGUUAAGUGCUGAUGGUGUGGGUGGGGGCUCAUUUGUGUUAGUACUACUUUCCUUCACACUAACCACAUAAAGCGUAAGAAAUUUCUGACAUAUAUUUUCACUAGUACAAAUACUUUUCUCCUUCUCGUUGAGCUCUUGACGUACACAAAGGAUAAAUGUUGAUUGUGCAGCUUUACUUUCCAGCAAUAGAGACGUCUCUAUGACCCUCUAUCAGCUCCAAGAAGAAAAUAAAUAUUUCUUCGCUUUUGUUCUGUGGUUUAAACUUUGAAUGCUAUCAGCCCUAGUCUUAACAUUUAUAAGUUUAUGGAACAAUUUUGUAAGUUAUUGUAAAAAUAUGUUACGUAGCUAAC